AAAUUUUCCCCUUCACUUCUCGUUGUCCGAUUGAAGCCAAAACAGACGACAGAAUUCCUCUAUCGACAUUGUGGGAGCUGAGAGAGCCUUCACAUGGCGGCCUCCUUUUCAACUUCACCUUAUCCUAUCCUCACCUCUCACCGCUCCAAUCGCUUGCCUGCAUACCAUUCUUCUUCAUCCAGCCUCUCUUUCUCCUCCUCUCUACACCUACCUCUUCAGCUUAGACGUUUUCCACUUGCAAACACUCGGAUUUCACCUCCAUCCUCCUCUCCAUCCUUCCCUGUGGUCAAAGCAAAGAACCAAACCUUCUCUUCCUUUGAUGAUUUACUGGCCAACUCGGACACACCUGUGUUAGUUGACUUCUAUGCAACGUGGUGUGGUCCUUGUCAGUUCAUGGUUCCUAUUCUUGAACAAGUUAGUGCAGCACUGAUUGACAAAGUCCAGGUGGUCAAGAUUGACACCGAAAAAUAUCCUGCCAUUGCUGAUAAAUACAGAAUAGAGGCAUUGCCUACAUUCAUCCUCUUCAAAGAUGGAAAACCCCUUGACCGAUUCGAAGGAGCUUUGGCUGCGCGUGAGCUCAUCCAACGCAUUGAAGAUUCUCUGAAGGUUAAGCAAUAACAGUGGGGAGAUGUGACUGAGAAAUUAAAGAAAUGGAAAUCAAUGUCUUCAACAGGAAUUCUGGGUAUGAUAGAUGAGAAACUUCAAUAAAAUUAACCCCCCCUCUCAAACCAAAAAAUGAAAAAAAGAAAAGAAAGAACAUUUUAGACCACUCUGUAAACUUGUAUGUAAUUGAAAUACCUUGAAGAAUGUAACUAUAGACGUUCGUAUUAAUCCCAAUUUUUGUGUUCAUUUUAUUGCAAUAAGAUGCUUAAUGUUCCUGAUAAAUAAACAUUCAGUUUGUGGCUA